AUGGUGACUACUAUGAGUAAACCAAGACUUUAUGAGUGGUACAAACGUUUCUCAGAGGAUCGUGAAAGCGUCGAGGAUGAUGGACGUUCUGUGCGUCCUAAAACUUCAAUUAACGAGGGAAACGUCGAGAAAGUUCAGCAAAUGAUUCUAAAAGAUCAACAAAUCACUAUCAGAGAAGUCGCUGAUUAUUAUGGUAUAUCAUUUGCAUCAUGUCAUGCAAUUUUCACUGACGUUUUAGUCAUUAUACGUGUGGCAGCCAAAUUCAUCCCAAAACUGUUGAAUCAAAAACAACAUCGCGUAGAUAUCUCCGAAGAAAUGCUGAAUAAAGCCAAUAACGAUCCAGAAUUAAUGAAUUACAUCAUAACUGGUGAAGAAACAUGGGUUUAUGGGUAUGAUGUUUAA